CAAGUAGCAGCCAUGACUGCAGUUGUACUUUGCUUUCCCACGGCAGGCGACCAGUGCUUCGUCUGGAUUCCCACGACUCCCGAGCACGCAUCUCUUCGAAUCACCCUUUGUUUGGCUUUCCACAGGUCUUUGUCACUGCCUUUCCUUACGAUGCCUCUACUCGGGUGGUCUUUUCUCACAUGGUGUUGUUGAUGAUAUCCAACAGACAUUGUGACCAGCCACAGCAGCCCAAGGCGUCCAAUAUCUCCAUGUAGGCUGCGCGCUGAGUGGUGUGAGCCCAAGUCCCAUUUCAAGCUCUGUAUAAUCUUUGGACCGCUACUGCCAGCGACAUGGCUGUUUCACGAGUCAAACACCCAGCCUUUUCCAUCAUUUCGUCCCGUUUUGCCGUCGCUAUCAUUCACAGGUGAGAAGAUGGAUCCCAAAUGCGAUUCUCUAGCCUGUAAUGUCUUGCCCGUAAUGGUGAAAUGGUUCUGCUGGGUUGUGUAUCUAUUUUGCUUGCUGUGCGAUCGUCGGGUCCACGUUCAAGAGAUUCUAUCCCUUUUGUGGUGCUUUCCUCGCCAUUCGGCCAAUACAUUCGAUAGGCAUGAUUCCCUCGAAGCACAAAAUCGGUCAUCCACCUAAAUAACGGAGCGCUGAUAAUCCAUUUACAGCCUUCAUUUCUCUCUGUACUUGGGCCAUAUAAGCUUGCUCUCAAGGUUCCUGUAUUCCUCCAUGUUCAGGCACAGCUGAACAGCCCUUAAAUCCUCCUAGCCAAUGUCUCCGGUCUUGCGGAGAUCUUCUUCCUCGGAUUCAGACAGCGAGUCUCAGCUUUCCGACUGCUCUUCAUCCUCAUCCUGCGGCGAUGAAGACGAGUUCAACAAACGCAUUGCGCCAAACUGGUGUGCUCAUCGGCUCAUCAUUGAGCGAUGCGGGUUUCGACUCGACACUCGUCGCGACGUCAAAUUGUGGUAUCAGCAUUACUGGGAAUCCCUGAUAUCGCAGGGAUAUACGGUGACCAAGGAUCUUCCAGGAUAUACCCGAGCCUGUAACGGUAGUGACGACAACGAACUGUGUAAAGAUGCCGGACUUGUCAGUGUCAAAAUCGAAGUUAUGGUUCCAGCACUCACAUUGCUUCAGCCAGAAAACCUUUUCCGAGGGACGCGAUGCAAGGAUGGGACAAAGGUCGUCAUUAAGGCUGUUCACCUCCGCAGCCGUGAAUACGACGUUGUUCGCUACCUGUCUAGCCCUUCCCUGCGAAACGACCCAAGAAACCAUUUGAUUCCCAUUCUAGAUCUCAUCGAAGUUCCCAAAGAUGAUUUGGUCUUCAUGGUCAUGGAAGAGUGGUCAUCACAUCUUAUCCCUGAGACGCCGUGUACUCUUCGGCUCUAUCUCGGGGCACUACGUCAAUGCAUCGAACAUGCUGUUUUUAUGCACUCUCACCACAUCGCACACCUUGAUAUCUCCAUACGCAACAUGCUUACGGACUACCGGUCCAACUAUGCCUACAUUGACUUUGAAUUGGCUCGGCGUUUUGACGGGAUACAUCAUCCACGAAUACGCGGUUGUCGGGGAACCGAAGUACCACCAGAACUUGAACAAGGUGGGGUCGGUGACCCUUACAAAACCGACGUCUGGGCCUUAGGGAGGAUGAUCUUACGUGCAUGCUCAUUAACAGGGUAUCACGUUCCCGAGCUCGCGGCUCUUGUUGGUGCAAUGCUAAACCCUAACUUUGAGCAGCGUCCUACGGCCGCUGUUGCUCUAAAAUCGUUCGAUACGAUCAUGUCGUGUAUCCCCGAGGCGCGGCUGCGCAUGUCGAGCGGAUGCAAUCAUUGACAUUCCACCACAGGACUGCGGUAUCAUAGGCAUUGUCUCACGUUUGACUUAAUGGCUCGUUUCGUACAUUGUGUGUUUUGUACAUUGGUAUAUGGUAUAUUAUAUGUGUAGAGGAAUAGAAAUACAGGGAAGACCGAAUACAUACAAUAAUUCCUAGUC